CUCCAUAAGGUACACAAGGAAAAAAUGAAUUAACUAAAAAACAAAACUGGGAACCGACACAGCCAAAAAGAAAAAAAAUUGUGUUGUUCUUUUAAACAUCUAAAUCCUUAAGACUUGCUAAACAAUUUUGAUGAAACUUCUAAAACCAAGUUGGGUACAUCAUGACGAGAAACCAAUUUUUUCCAUUGACGUUCACCAGGAUUGUCUUAAGUUUGCUACCGGCGGUCAAGGAGCGGAUUCCGGAAGGAUCGUAAUAUGGAACUUAUUGCCGGUGCUCUCAGAAAAAGAUGAAUUGGACGAAAAUGUGCCGAAAAUGUUGUGCCAAAUGGACAAUCAUCUGGCUUGCGUUAAUUGCGUGCGCUGGUCGCAAAACGGUCUCAUGUUGGCCUCGUGUUCCGACGACAAACUGGUGAUGAUUUGGAAACAAUCAAAGGGUUCAAGUGGUGUUUUCGGCACUGGUGGCAUACAAAAGAAUCCAGAAUCUUGGAAAUGUGUCUUCACACUUCGCGGACAUGCUGGAGAUGUCCUGGAUUUGGCUUGGUCGCCUCAAGAUCGUUGGCUGGCUAGUUGUAGUGUGGAUAAUACAAUCAUUAUAUGGGAUGUACAAAAUUUCCCUGUCAUUAUCACCACUUUGAGGGGACAUACCGGUCUAGUCAAAGGUGUUGCUUGGGAUCCGGUUUGUAAGUAUUUAGCCUCACAAAGUGACGAUCGUAGUGUUAAAAUUUGGAAGACUAGAGAUUGGACCUGCAGUAGUACCAUCACCGAGCCUUUUCAAGAAUGUGGAGGUACAACGCAUAUUUUACGUCUAUCAUGGUCUCCUGAUGGUCAGUACUUGGUGUCUGCCCAUGCAAUAAAUGGCGGUGGUCCCACGGCACAGAUUAUUGAAAGAGAAGGAUGGAAAUGUGACAAAGAUUUUGUGGGCCAUCGAAAAGCUGUCACUUGCGUUCGCUUUCACACAGCAAUAUUAAAACGGCAGGCACCCAAAUCACAAAAACCCCAACAAUAUUGUUGUCUAGCAGUAGGAUCACGUGAUCGCUCAUUAUCUGUAUGGAUGACAGCUUUGCAACGACCUUUGGUGGUGAUACAUGAAUUAUUCAAUGACAGCAUUUUAGACCUCUCUUGGGGACCCGAAAAAUAUAUUCUGAUGGCAUGUAGUGGUGAUGGAUCCGUAGCAUGUCUUCAAUUUUCAGAAAAUGAACUGGGAACACCAUUAUCCGAGGAAGAUCGUAACGCUUUAUAUCAGCGAGUCUAUGGGAAAAGUGUUGGCAAUCUAACAAAUGGAUCUGGUACUGCCAACGAUGUACUUAUCGAGAAUCCUGAAUUGAUACUGCAUAGCCAAAAUAAAAUAAAACCUCCUUCCCUGCCAACAAUGACCAAUUUUAGUAAUAACAAUAGCAUAGACAAGUCUGGGUCACUGGUCUCUUCAAAUGGUUUCAGUGGAUAUGCGGAGAAGACUUUGAAUUCUCAAAACUCGAACAACAAUAACAAUGCAACUUCAAUUGGAUUUGGUCAGACGACACCAGUUAAAGCGAUAAGCAAACAAAUGGAAACGCGUACAAAAGAUGGCAAAAGGCGUAUCACACCAAUGUUUAUUCCUCUCAAUCCGGAUGUAGAAGAAGCGACCACAACGACUUCUGCCAAUAGCUUUACCUCUAAACAAAGUCAAGACAGUUCUUUGACGCCCUUUCAAAUGCAAGCUCAACCUGUAGAAUCUGUUACAACGAAUGUACCUAGCAGUAACAAUAAAGAGAAUGCCCUUCAACAAACGACUACAAAUCCACCUAAAGCUAAUCAGAGUGAUCAAGAUCUGGGACGCUUAGAUCCUAGACUGGUCAAAAGUACUGACAAACCUAAUCCAGAGCCCUUUACAAUAAAGCAAGAUGUUUUCAAAGAAUUUCCACGGUUCAAAAGAACCCCCCAACAUUUUGCUAGUUCGGAAACUACGGCUGCGUCAACCUCGUCCUCCAAAGUAUAUCAAGCUUCAACGGCAGGACCAAAAAUUACAAUUACAGCUUCUACAAAAUGUGAAUUUCAAAAGACUGCAAUGGAUUACCGCGUACAUGUAGCCAAUGGUUUCGUGCAAACGGCAAUGGGACCAUUGGCAAAAGUAACAGCUAUACGUUUGCCCACAGGAAAGCUAUGGGAAACUUAUGUCGGUUCGCCUAUUGUGAAUUUCAAUUUUUGUCUCAAAUGCGUCAUGCUUUGCAGUUUGGAUGGAUCCAUGCGCUUACUUGACUUACAAACGGGAGCUCCAUUAUUGCCAGUUAUAACGCUAACCACAGCUGCCAUACAGUGUGCCUUCUGCCCCAAAGGCUUGCUUGUAGGUGUUAUAACCGAUUGCGGCCUAUUGCGCAUAUGGAAUAUAGAACAGUGUUCAAGUGUUUUGGCAACAACAUGUUCAGAAAUAUUUGGCAAACAUGGCUCCAUUUAUCAGUUAACUAUUACCGAACAUGGAGUUCCAUUGAUAAUUUUUGCUGAUGGCAAUGCCUAUUCAUACUCACCGCGAAUGCAAUCUUGGUUGGUGGUUUGUUCAAAUGAUCCCAUAAUGCGACAUGGCGUUCGAUCGUCCCUUCCAAAUGAAUUUCCCAAGGAUUACAUAGACUUUCCUCUUAUGUCGGUUCAAGCUAGUACUAAUUUUCUUUCCUCAACCAGUGCUGGCAUUGAGCUUAAUGCUAAAGAUUGGCAAUCUGUUGCAAAGGUAUCUUUUGCUGAAAAUCAAAUUAAAAUAUGUGAAAUGAUCAAUUCCCCCGAAGAACUGAAGUUCUGGUAUGGCAUGUUGGUGUUUCAUAUUAGCAUUAGCGGCGAUGAGAAGAAACUUCGCAAUCUGCUAAAUAAUCUAAUAGAUAUCGAGGGACAAGAAUUGAAAAUUUUGGGCAUACCAAAACUUGAAAUGUUGGAAAUAACUUUAAGUCAAAUAAAGCUGGUUCCCAGAUGGCAACGUGUCUACAUGGAAUACAAUGAGCUGCUUCAAGAUAUGAAAGUAAUGAAACAAGAAACUUCACAAGAAAGCGUCAACAAAGACAGCAUGGUGGUGGAAACGACAGAAUUGAACACACCCUUAAGUUUACCAUCACAAUCAUCGACAACGCUCAUAAACACAAUGUUAAAAUCAGUUAAGGAUAUAUCGGAGACAAUAGUGGAUAGCGGCGGAGCUGCUAAUGCUGGUGAAAGUAUGCAAACUGCUUAAAUCUUUGUGGGCCAUUGCCUAGAUACCUGCUCAGCAGUAGUAAGUCCUGUUUUUUCCUUUGUUCAUAAUUUUGUCUCUCUCAUUUUCCAUCUAGAAGCUAAGCUUUGUGUGUAACAACAAAUUUAUUAUUAUUAGUUUUGCAACGUAUCUGCCAAUACACAGUGGUAUUUUUAAGAAACCUUUAGAAUAUUUUCAAAUUUAAGAUACUAUUUAUGUUUCGAUAAGGUCAUAACUCAAAAAAAUCUUUUGUUUUCAUAAGUCGACGGAUUAUAUGUUUCAACAAUGGGGUGUUUUAAAAGAGCAGAAAGUUUAAAUAUGAUCAUGGAUAAUUAAGUUUAAACGUAAACAUUUAUUUCUUUUUUUUAAUAUUUUUAUUUUAACGUGGGCACUGGGCUCGGUUCAGUUCAUAGUCUAGACCCUUUAUCUCACGAAAUGUGUUUUUUUCGCCCUCGCGUUAAACAACAUCUUUAUACUCAAAAAUAAAUAGUUCCCAUAUUUAAUCGACUUGCAAAGCAUAAAAGCGCAUAUUUUGUAAAUUGUUUUUGUGUAAAUUGGCUAAAUGCAGAGUCUAGUCUAGUUUUCCAUAUGAUUUUUUGACUUGGUCUAAUUUAAUAUAUUGCAUGAAAACUUUUGAAGGGCUGUUUCCAUAUUGUUCUCAACCUAUUUCCAAUCUAUACAAAAACAGACAUAUGUAUUGGCUAUAAGUUACACGAACCAUAAUAACGAUAUGCAAGCGCUCUGUGCCUCCUAAUACCAUACUACUGCUAGGUUGUUCCCCCUAUUCUGUUUAAAAUUUCGUUAAGUAAAUUUUCGUUCAUAUUGUACGGAUUUUAAACUAGUUAUACUCUUUGUAUUGUAUAUAAGUAAUAUUUAUAUUUGGAAUUUUUGAAUGAAAAAAUGUAAUAAUAUAAUAAAUCAGAAAAAUUAUACAUCAAACAUUACAUUUCAUAUUAAUGUACUUGGA